CUCACGGCGCCAUCCGGGCACUCGGCGCGGCGCCGCCGCUCGGCCCCAUCGUCCCAAUAUGGCGGAGGCUUCCUUUGGGAGUUCGAGCCCAGGUUCGUCCUCGCCCACCUUCUGCAUCGGCACCCGGCCUGUCGCCCGCACGGCGUUCUCUCCUUGCUGCUCCUUCCCAAAUUUAUCCCCUCGUAGUUUUCCUAAGGCUUCGUGUGCACGCUGUUAACCGCCUGCCAGGUUUUUAAGAGGAGAUGUGUGCUACGGAAUCCUUCACUUAAGUCCAGUUGCACUUAGAAAUUGGCUCCUCGGAACCAAAAAUGAAAUCAGAGUUGUGUAGCACUUUUGAGGCAGCACCUCAGUUAAGCCAGAUAGCUUGGAGAGAGACAGCUUCUCUUGUUGCUGAUAACUACAGGCUUGUUUAAAUUUUUUACUUCUUGGUAAUAACAGAAAAUGUUUAAAAUCAUAAGAACAAGUAAUUUUUAAGGCUGUAACUAAAUGCUGUUAAGGUUCUUUGGACUACAUUAUACAACGAAGUAUCAUUAACAUCAGCAGGGCUUUUCUCAAGUAUUUGGGGAACACACUUGCUGAUAUGUAAAUGCAUUCUGCAGUGUUUGUCAUCAUGUUUAACCAUUAUGAAAUUUGUUGAGUUUGUAUUUUUCAACAUAGUUUUGAAUGUUUUAAAUGGGAUGUUGAACUUUCAGAACUACAGGAGAAGUGGGACUUUUUAAUGUAAAGUCUAUAGAACGGAACGUCCCCUUGAGUUAAAUGGAAAGUGAGUUAAAAAAGCAAUUCCAAUCAAUAAUCUUAAUCACACCCUUGUAAGUGCAUGUUAGAUUAAGGCAGUUGAGACUUUCCUAAAACUUGAGCACGAUGUGAUGGCCAACAGCAGGAGGAUUAAACACAUAAUAUCAUUAUUGGAGCUAUAGUAGCAUCAGCUGGGCUGAAAGUUCUGUGAGACCGUAAUAUGAAUAGCAUGUGAAUAAAAAGCAUUUUUGACCUGAAUGUUUCUCUACAGUGUGAUAUUACAAAUGUUGACAGCUUUGUCUUAGACAAGCUGAACAAAGUUCAGUUACCUGCAUGUACAGAAUGAAUACUUAGCAUAAAUGAUGAAAAGUUGCAUUCUUUAAGGUUCAGAAGUGUUGGUAUAUACAGCUGUCUCAAGGCUGAAAGCAGUGCAAAGAGGAAUAUUGUAUUAUUUUUUGAAGGGGGUUGAAAAUUUGUAGUUAUUUUUUCAAAACUUUUGAAGAAGUUCCUUGGUAGAAAUAAUUCUUGGUAAACCUUUUCUUUGAUGCUUGAAAGCUAAGGAUUGCAAUAGACCACUAGUAUGUAAGGGGAAGCCAGAAGUGGAAGAGAAAUAUACUAAUCUGUCUUGUUCCUCCAACCUGCAAGCCAUAAAGAAGUGAACAUUAAAGAGCAAAGCAACCCUGUAAUUUGGUGAUUAUUGACUGCAGAACAUUGACUACUGAUGCAGAAUAUUUUUGUCUUGAAAAUUAGUUGACUCUAAUCAUAAUCUUUCAAAUGACAAAGUGCAUUUAAAAUAAUAGUACUUUUUUGAUUACUUCUGAGUAUUGUCUUCAGUAAUUAAAUAGUGUCUCUUGGACCACACACUGGGUAUCACACUGGGUUGUUAAUUAAUGUGAUCCAUUAGAAGCAUUUUGUUAUUUUUAGUGUAUUUUCCAUAGCAUUUCUUGAAAUUCUGCUGUAUUUUUCUAGAUCUAGUGCUACAAAUUAAUUUUAUUAGAAGAUUCAUUUGUGAGGCUAAAGCAAUUGGAAGCGAGUCUCACUUACUUUGCUGUUAGUAGGAUGUGAAUUCAUAACCUAAGUUAUCUGUUUGCCAGUGAAAAACUAUGCUUGUUACCAUAUAAAUCAGAUCAAUAAAAUCAGAGUCUGUAGAUGACAGUCUUGCAGCUUCUGAUAUCUUUUGAUGUGUGUGCUUUGUAGCUUAAUGAUGAUUUCAAGAGUGUUUUGAACAAUCUUUUAUUCAGUAGAAUACUAAUUUGGGAUUGUAUUUCCUAAAACUUAGUUUUUCUUGUUUAGGUACUUCUCUCUGCUAUUCUGUUUGUAGCAAGACAGAAAACUUCCUUAUUACUUAAAAAUAUGAAAAGGAAGGUCAUCUAAAGAAGCUGCUGAAUUUGUCAAGUAGUUGCAAAUUUGUUACUCCACUGAGAGUUCUGAUCCUGUUUUUGGCUCUUUAUCAUCUGAGGAUCAUGACUUUGACCCAUCUGCUGAAAUGCUUGUACAUGAUUAUGAUGAUGAGCGAACUCUUGAAGAAGAGGAAAUGAUGGAAGAAAGCAAAAAUUUCAGCUCUGAAAUUGAAGAUUUAGAAAAGGAAGGAAACAUGCCAUUGGAAGAUUUACUAGCAUUCUAUGGCUAUGAGCCCACGAUUCCAGUUAUGCCAGGUUCCAGUGCAAAUAGCUCUCCAAGUGAACUUGCAGAUGAACUUCCAGAUAUGACUCUAGAUAAAGAGGAAAUCGCUAAAGACCUCUUGUCGGGUGAUGAUGAAGAAACACAGUCUUCUGCUGAUGACUUGACACCAUCAGUUACUUCACAUGAGGCUACUGACUUCUUUCCUCGGCCACUAAGAUCAAACACCACCUGUGAUGGAGAUAAGGAAUCUGAUGGUGAAGAUGUAGAGGCAGACAAUGGUAAUUCAUCUGAAGAUUUGAGAAAGGAAAUAAUGGUUGGUUCACAGUACCAGGCUGAAAUUCCAGCUUACCUUGGCAGAUGUAGUGAUGAUGAAAAGGCUUAUGAAAAUGAAGACCAUUUACUUUGGAAACCUGAUGUGAUCUCAGAAAGUAAAGUUAAAGAAUACCUUUUUGAAACCUCCUUAAGAACAGGAAAUGAAAAAAUGAUUGGCAGAAUUCCUGAAGGACUGCAUACACGGGACAAUGAACAAGCACUGUAUGAACUUCUUAAAAGCAGCCAUAAUGUUAAAGAAGCAAUUGAGAGAUACUGCUCAAAUGGAAAGGCAUCUCAGGAAGAGAUGACAGCAUGGUCAGAAGAAGAAUGCAGAAGCUUUGAAAAUGCACUUCUUAUGUAUGGAAAAGACUUCCAUCUCAUACAGAAAAACAAGGUAAGAACCAGAACAGUUGCUGAGUGUGUGGCUUUCUACUACAUGUGGAAGAAGUCGGAACGUUAUGAUUACUUUGCUCAGCAAACACGAUUUGGAAAGAAGAAAUAUAACCAUCAUCCAGGAGUUACGGACUACAUGGAUCGUUUGGUAGAUGAAGCAGAAUCCCUUGGAGGAGCAGUACAUUCUUCAGCCUUAACAUCUAACAGUCGAACAGAAACCAUUCCUGACCAACAGCUAAGCAUUCUGAACUCUAUCACUGCCAAUGAGUUGACAGCACUGACAAACACUGUAGCUACAGUCUGCCACACUUCAGAUGUGAACUGCCUGGAUGAUGCUUUUUCUCCCAUGGACAGCUUACCCCGAGCACCAGUUAAUCAUGUGCCUGUUGGAACAGAAGAAUUGCUUAACUUGCCCAGCAAUGGUGAAAGUGAUUGUUUUAAUUUAUUUGAGACUGGCUUUUAUCAUUCAGAGCUAAACCAAAUGAACAUGUGCAGUGAGGAGGCAGAAAGACCUGCGAAGAGAUUGAAAAUGGGGAUUGCUGUCCCAGAAUCUUUCAUGAAUGAUGUCUCUGUAAAUAACCUUGGUGUGGACUUUGAGAACCACACACACCACAUUACCAGUGCCAAAAUGGCUGUUUCAGUGGCUGACUUCAGCAGUCUAUCUGCAAAUGAGACAAAUGGUUUUAUCAAUACCCACACUCUCCACCAACAUGCUGCCCUUCAUUCAGAAUGACUGUGGAAAACUAAACAAACAGUGGGUACUUUAUGCAGUAGUAGUAAACUUGAUGGGAGCUAUCAGGUUUGCUUAGUCUUUCACUGGAAGUUUGAACUUUAUGACAUCAGUGAUGUCUUUGUAUGUAUAGAACUAUAUCUUGAUUUAUCAAGAGUAAUUUCUUUUUUCAGUCCAUAAAUGUGGAAAUGUCAUAGGAUGUGUGGCAGAGUUUGGGACUAAGAGAACUCUGUGAUGCAGCUUUAAGCUCUGCUUCAGUUUUUUUUUCCUAAAGCCUGUAGACGGAAGCCACCGUUUCAAAACCAGCACAGAAGUUCUGAACGGAUUGGAGUGGCUUUUUUAGUAAGUUACUUUUGCCGUAAUGGAUGCAGUGGAAUAACAAUGUUUACAGGUACCGAUCCUGAUCCCUGCUCAAUGUAGCAUUUUUUUUCCCCCCCUUAUAAAGGCAGGGAUGGGUUUGUUUAUUUUAAACUGCACAAACAUACAAGGAUGUUUUUUAAAUGGAACCUUCUCUCAUGUGAUACUAAACUAGAGCACUUCAGUUUACAAAGCAGCAAAUUCAUGUUGGUGGAAGCUAGCACAAGGGACUUAAGAUGAGUAAAGUGAAGAUCUACACUUGAAUGCUGUUGCAAAAUUAAAGGUCAUGGCUACCUUACAAAGAAGUAAUCAUGCUGCCAUAGACGUGUGUGUACUUUAAACUUAUUGGCUCAAACAGAUGAGUUUUAGGCUAUAUUGUAUUUGGAAGGGGUUUGUCCACAACUUUGAAGAGUAAUGCAAUCGUGUACCUUAACUUUCCUAAGGCAGCUGAUGUAUAAAGCUACAGUCUGCACAGCUUAGGAUUUACCACUAAACAUGUUUGGAAGACAUCUUAAGUUGUUUGGAGCACUGCAGUUCAAGUGUUACAGUUUUGAGGGACUAUCUAGUUUAUAUAGUAAUAGUAGAACCUUGAAGUACAUGCUUGAAAGUUUUUAUUUAGCGUGGAUUGCAUUUAUUUGUUUUGGCAAGUCAUUGGCUUCAAAACAGCACUUCACUUCUGUGGUAAAUAGGAAAGGAUGAGUAUAAAUGCAUCCCAUAAAAGCAACUAUUUAACUUCAUUACAUUUUUUUAUUUUGAACCUUGAGUGCAAUUUAGCCGCCCAGGAUGUUUGUCUUGCAAAUGUUUGUUCCAAUUGCUGCAGGAACCAAGCAUAGUAUUGGCUUGUAAGAUGUUGUAGCAUACAAUUUGCAGGGUGUUCUAAUGAAAGCCUGAACAUCCCUUCAGGACCAUUACUCCUGUCCCUCCAUACUUUUUCUUUGCACUGUUUGUAUUACAAGUUUAAUUGCCACUAAUUUGUUUUCAUUAUUCAAGCAAUUAAGUUUGCAUUGUUGAUAUUUUCAAUAGUUGCUUCAAGGUUGUGGUGAGUAAUUAGAAGGUAGUGACUUUAAUAUUUGAAAGGGAAGAGGGUAUUUAUUACGCAUACUGUGAACUGCAUUGAUAUCCCAAGUUUCAGAUGCAGCAUGUGGAGUUUUCUUUACAGCAUUAUAAUGAAGAUUGCUUUGAAGUGUUUAUGCAAUAGCACAUUUAUCAUAUUAAAAACAAAUUAGUUUAGCACAGUGGACAAAAGUAGAUAUGAUUUUG